GGAAGAGAUAUUCCAGCAACUCAAUUCUAAGUUGACGUGCAGGCUGUCAAGGCGUCCUCCCUAAAUAAACUAGGUACACUGGCUUCCUGGAGUACCUUACGGCUCUAGAACCAUCUUUUGCUUGGUGUCCUCCGCGAGCUGAACCGAGGUGGGACCGUCUCAAAGGCAAGCAAGGUGCAUUGGGUUUAUUUCCCAGCAGCUCCUGGACCGUCAGGCAGGAGUCCAGGGAAAUUCGGUGGUCCUGAAUCUGGACCCUCUUAUUUCAAAUACCACCAAAGUUAUGGGGCCAAGUUUUCUCUUACAAUGUAGCCCAAGUUUCAGCGGAAACUCCAGCUCUGCUCCUUUCCAUUCCCCGGUCCUCCCCUCCAAAGCGGCAUCGCUCCAGUGCUCCUCUCCUGCCUCAUGAAAGCCCGGGUUUUCUGGAUUUACGACGCGAGAGCCGGAGGUCGCCUGAGCGGUGACACACCCCACUGCAUCCCCUGUAGCCCGGCGCGGGCAGGAGAUCCCGGGCCUGAGAGCCGCAAAGCCUCGGUUUGGAGUCCCCUUCCCCCACCCGCGCUCCUUCAGCGCCGGGGGUCGAACCGCGACGAGAAUCUGCGUCCCCACGCUCGACUGACCGGCGCCGACCGCUGGUCCGUGCGCCCCGCCCUCCGGGCGCCCGGAGCCCGAGGCGCCUCACCUGGCACGUAGAUCUCGCCGCGCUCUUCGUCCGGGAGCUCGCUCCAGUUCCUCUUGCACGUGGAGACGCAUGGCUUCUUCACCAGGAACGCGCGGGGCAUCUUUAGUUCCUCCUGGCCCGGCGCGGUUCGCUCCGAGAAGUGGAUGACUGACCAUGGGGCCCCUAGGUCGAGAAGCCUGGGCCCAGCGCCUGGGGGCCUUCCGAGCCAGCCCAUCCGCCUUUCUGGCAGGUGCCGAAGGUGAGGAUUUGGGUCGCGACCUGUUGAGUGACCUAAGGAGUGAAAAGCUAAGCGAGCAGACCAAGGUUUCCUUACUGACACUGAGCUUGGAGUACUCUGAUAAACUUUGGCCUGAUGCACCUGCCGCGGAGGCUGCUGCUACUUCCCUGUUGGACACGCUUGUCCUCCUGCCCACAAGACCUUCGGCUCUUCGGAGGCUCCUGUUGUUGGCAGCCACUACAGCCCUGGUGUCAGGAGAUGCUCUCGGACCCACUUCGGGAGCUUCCUGCCGGCUUCUGCCCUUACUUCUUGGCUUAGCUUCAGGCCGAGACUUGGGACGAAGCUUUGGAACCCCUUCAGAACAGCGCCAUCUACAGGCUACAGCCUGUGAAUGCCUUGGAGAACUUGAGCGCUGUAAGCCUGGGCUGCUGGCCCGCGCCCUGGGGAUGCUGCGGAGCCUCCCAGGGCAAACAGGUCCCAUCCAGCCUGUCAGCCUGCUUCUGGCCCUUGUUCUGCACGACACCUUGGUGGUACAGUCCAGGUCUGGGGCUGGCCUGCAAGGCCUGCUGGUAGCUGAGGACUUUUCCACUGGGAGUUGUCCCUGGGACUGGACCCUGGCUGAGGAAUGGGAUGCCCAUCUUAAGCCCCAGGGGCCCAGCUGGCCCACAGCUGGGGAGGAGGAGCGUGGCUUUCCGGUUCUAGAGCCCAGCCCCGAGGAUGCCCGAGAGCUGAAGGCUGCCGUGGCCCAACUUCUGGACACUUCCUAUUUGCUCACUCCUGUGGCUCAGGCUCAACUUCUGUGGCUGUUGGGCUGGGCCCUCCGGGGUCUUCGGGGACAGCCACCCGUGCUUUUCAAGCCACAGCUGGUUCGACUGCUGGGCACGGCACAGCUGACACUGUUACACUCAGUUCUGUCUCUGAAGGCGGCCUUUGGCGAGGCCCUGUUCACUGCGCAGGAUGAAGCUCUGCUCCUCCGUAGGCUCACCUUGGGAGCCCAGCACCCAGCCUUACCCUCGCCCACACACCUCUUUUACCUGCAUUGCAUCCUGAGCUUCCCCGAGAAUUGUCCACUAGGUCCAGAGGGGGAAGAGGCUGCCCCACUGCUGUUGGGGCCUCAGCUAUGCCGGGGCCUCAUGCCCAGUCUCCUUCAUGACCCAAUGGUUCUCCUGGCCCGCCUGCAUUUGCUGUGUCUGCUCUGUGCUGAUGAUGAGGAAGAGGAGAAAUGCCAGCCUCAGGGCCCACAGUGGUUCCUACAGGAGCUGCUGGCUGGGCUACAGCAAAGGGCAGCCCUGGAUGGUGGUCCCCGGGCCUUGGCCACUCUCUGUUUCCAAGCCUCAUACCUUGUUACUAACUGCCUGACUAGACACCCCACAGUACAGACAUCUUUGAUCCGUGGACUGGCCCAACUGUACCGAGCUCGGCCUUCCCUGGCACCCCACUUUGUGGACCUCUUAGAUCAGGUAAGCCCUAAGCUGAGAGAGCCCCUCAGGGAGGUGCUGCUUCAAGAGGCGGUGGCCAGGCCGGGCGAGAGCGAAGCCCUUUGCUGGCACCUGCAGAUGCUGGCAAAGGUGGCAGAGGGGGCCACUCAGAGUACCAUGCUCAGCUUUCUACAGGCUGCAGCUGUACACUGCACCGACUGGGGCCUCCACCAGGCCCUACUGCGGGUGUGCCGUGCUCUGCUGCGGACGGGCGGGGGAGAUGGUCUGGCUGACUUGCUGCAGGAACUGGCCAGACAGCUAGAGAAUGCUGAUGGACGGGACCAUGCCCGACUAUACUAUGUCCUCUUGUCCCAUCUGUCAAGUUCCAAGUUGGGGAUGGCGCUGGGCCCCUCACUGGCUGCACCUGCACUGGCCUCGUCACUAAUGGCGGAGAACCAGGGCUUCGCGUCAGCACUGAUGGUGCAGGAGACCUCAGCCCCAAUUCAGUUGAGUGUGGGGCCUCAGCAGGCCAAAGGCCCACUCCCCGUGCUGCAUCUGCAGGUGCAGGCGCUGGAUGCUCCCGUCUACUCGCUGGAGCUGCGCUUCCGUGUGGAAGGACAGCUCUAUGAGCCGUUGGAGGCUGUCCACAUACCCUGCUUGCGUCCGGGACAACUUGCGCAUCCUCUGUACCUGCCUCUGCAGCCCCGAUGCCCAGCCCCUGCCCGCCUACACGUCCAGGCCCUUUACAGCACAUCUGCUGGCCUCACGUGCCAUGCCCGCCUGCCACCCCUGUCUGUGACCUUUGCUGACCUCUUCCUGCCUUUCCCCCGGCUCCAUAAGGGCUCUGAGUUGCAUUUCUUCGAUGAGCUCUGGAACUCCUGUCUACCAAAGGGCGUAGAGAGCCGUGUGUGGUGUCCACUUGGGCCGCAGGGCCUGGAGGCCUUGGUGUCUCAGCACCUAGAGCCCUUUGUAGUGCUGGCUCAGCCCCCUACCACCUACCUCAUAGCCAUCCGCCUGCCUCCUGCCUCCAUGCUGCUGCUGCGCCUGGAGAAAGCUCAGGUGGAUGGUGUGCCUGUAGCCCUAAGGACUGAUGACUGGGCUGUGCUGCCCCUGGUAGGGGACUACCUUCGAGGGCUUGCAGCCCACUGAGUAAUGCCAGGUGGGACUGCACUGUGGCUGUGCCUGCUUCUUGUAGCUCCUGCCCCAUAAAAUCCCAUUCACAGACUACUCCUCCUGGCCUGUUUUCUUUUGGACCCUUGUUAGGAGCAGACUUACUGGGAUUGGGUCACGAGCCCCCCAGGAAGACCCAGACUAACCCAGUACUGCGGCCUCCAUAAUUCCUGCUCGGAUAGUCUGAAAAAUAUGUUUCUCACAGGAUCUGAUCUGGCCCAAGAUCACUGUGCAACUUCUCAUGACAGCUGGAGCUUGAGGUUGGACCUCUCACCUCUGCCCCAGCUGAACUCAGAUCGUAAGGUAGCAGCCUGGAUAGGGGUGACUAGAGAGCCUUUUCUUGGGUAGAGCUGGCUGGACCUAACUGUACAGGGUGUGCCAGUAAGGUUUGGUUCUGAGCAGAUGGUGGGCCUGCAUGAUCUGGUUCAAAACAAACAACAACCCCCAAACUUAGCUUUUAAUAGCAACCCUUAGGAAACCCAAUC